UCCAAAUCGUAAAUUGUCGAAUUGGAAUCGACGGAAAUUAGCAAUUGUAUUUUAAUUUCCACCAUGAAUUCAAUUUGGAUUCUUAAUAAUGAGUGAAGCCCGAACAUGAAACCCACUUGUAAUGAGCUUUAAGUCGUCUGUCUGGUCUGGCCCAAUUAAUUACUAUCAAAUAAAAACGUGUUUUAGCCCAUCUAACAACAUUCAAUCAGAAAAACACGAUUUUCUCUGGUGCAGUAGACCAAAUGCACUAUAACAAAUCCCCAUAGCACAGAGUCUCCUCUUUUUCACUUAUUUAUACAACGAAAACUUCUCUGCUUUUCUUCUAACAAACACAUUUGAUCAGCUUCUUCAAGAGUUUCUAUCCUCCUUUGUAUCCGGUGAAAGAAACUCUUUUGAAGAUCCAUUUGAAUAUAGUGACGAGAAUUAGCGACGAUGAGUUUGGCUAUGGCGGAAGACGAUUCAGCGACGAAAAUCCAUCUCCCGGCCGACAUAGAUUGGGAGAUGCUCGACAAAUCCAAGUUCUUCUUCCUCGGCGCCGCCCUAUUCUCAUGCGUUUCCGGCUCCCUCUACCCAAUCGUCGUCCUGAAAACACGUCAGCAAGUGAUGAUCAACGCCAUCCCCUGCUUCAAAAUGGCGUCGUCGAUUCUCCGCAGCGAGGGUUACAGAGGAUUCUACUCCGGCUUCGGCACUUCUCUAAUGGGAACCAUCCCCGCACGUGCCCUUUACACGUGCGCCCUCGAAGUCACCAAGAGCCAUCUUGGCAAUGCCGGCAUCUCCCAGCUCGGAUUCUCCGACGCCUCCGCCUCCGCUAUUGCCAACGCCGCCGCCGGACUUAGCGCCGCCGUGGCCGCACAGUUAGUGUGGACCCCAGUCGACGUUGUCAGCCAGAGGCUAAUGGUUCACAAGAAUAAAUACAACGGUGGAAUCGAUGCUUUUAGAAAGAUACUAUACUCCGAUGGAGUGAAGGGAUUGUACCGAGGGUUUGGAUUGUCGAUACUAACUUACGCACCUUCGAACGCAUUGUGGUGGGCUUCUUACUCCGCCGCCAAUCGACUUAUUUGGAGCGGUUGUAAGCCGGAAGGGAAACAAGUGGUGGCGGCUCAAGGGUUGAGUGCCGCAAUGGCUAGCGGCGUGUCUGCGUUAGUCACAAUGCCGUUCGAUACAAUCAAGACGAGAUUGCAGGUUUCGGACCGAGAAGGUGGCGGUUUUCGUGGCGGUGGAUUAUCGGAAAGUAUGAGGAGUUUGGUGAAGGAAGGUGGAUUAGGAGCUUGCUAUAGAGGGUUGGGGCCGAGGUGGGCUUCAAUGUCGUUGUCCGCAACGACGAUGAUUACGACUUACGAGUUUCUCAAGAGGCUUUCGACUAAGGAUCAAGAUCAUAGCUUCGCUUAACGAGUUUUAGUGACGAUCGAGAAUUGGUUCUAAUGUCAUAAUUAACUAUGUAAAUUUUGUAACAAAAUUGUAGAAAUCCAUGUUGAAUUGUUGUAUGACUUGAGAUUUGUGGGAAUAAGAUAUUCAAUCUUGAUAAUUUUUCUACAUAUAAUUUCUAACAAAGUCUUGAUUUUUGUUUGUGUUUUUGGAUUGUGGAAUCA